AUGGGUGGCUGGGCGAUUUUUUGCGCUAUCUGCGGAGGUCCAUUUUCCAGCCAAGUCGACAUGGACUGCGAAGGAACCGAUGAGACGGCGUAUCGUUUCGACAUCCUCGAGCACUGCAACCUCGAGUGGCUCGACAAACUACGUGCCCUAGGAAUAAAUCCCAAUGCUACUGGAAGUGACAAGUCGUUUCUGACGGGACCUGGCCGGUACUUUGACUAUGGGGGGAUUGAGGUCGUUGCUGGGAAUCAUAUGAACAUCCCAUACCCGAAGAACGAGGUCGUGCCCAUGGUUGCGUAUCACGACUUUGCCGAAAUAGGCGAAACACAUGUGUUUCCGUUUCACUCCGUUUGCUACGAGGUUCUGAAGAGAUGCAUCUCCCUGAGGCAGCCAGGUGGAAUUCAGGAACAUAAGCUAUAUCAGGUUUUCGAACAGGCCAACGGUGGCCGGUACGUCCGGUUGCAACUUGACUAUGGCGAACCAGACCCGCCCGUAGAGCAGGUGUGGGAGACUCUCCGAGGGCAGGAGAUUCUGGUAGUAAACCCAGUCGACAUACCGGAGCUUGAAUCAGAGAUCAACGACAUCAAGUGCUUGUUAGACACGAAGACCUACCUUAAUAAUGAGACGAAGCUCCACAAAGACGAUCUUUUCAGUCGUCUUUCGAAUGAACUGCGACACGAGAUCUUCAAGCACCUUCGCCCAGAAUCGAUUUUGGCUCUCAAGGCUGCCUCGCUAAUCAUGCACACUACCUGGGUUCCGCGCUCCAUGUGGGAAGCCAAGUUAGUCGAUACAUAUCCAUGGCUGUGGGAGGUGCUUGAACUCCCGGUUUUCCAAUCGCAGGAGAUCGAAGAGAAAACGUCUAGGCUGCUUUUUGCUUGCAGGGAGCAGGGUGAGUCCACGGGCAGAAGCUAUGGCUAUAUCCUGGGUCUUGCCAACAGGAGAAGAAUUUGGGGAGUAUGCGAACAGAUUCGGAGUAAAUAUUUGGAGUAG